UCCAAUUGUUCUAGGAAUCCGGAGGCGUCGGCAAAAACAGUAAAAUGGGGGGAAAUUCGCGAAAAUUCAAAAAGGCCGAGAAAUCCAAAGUAAAGCUAAAGGGUGCCAAACUCCCGAAAGGCGCAAACGUGACCAAAACCAACUUUAAAGUGCGCAAAAUAGUGAUACCGGAUCAGUUGAAGCAGCGUAAUCUAUCGAACGCUGCUGUCUUGUCGAACAGAAAUUUGAGUUUAAAAGACUGUCUCGCGAAGCUGCAGCAAAAUAAUGCAUCCUCCAAAUGCGAUGGAAUGCGUGGAAUCCGGGAGAUUAUCACCAAGAUGCCCUCGGAACUGCAGCAGCAGCUCAGUUCAGUUAUUAAGGACGUUGCAAGCCUUGCUAUAGACGUCGAACGGGAUGUGCGGAAGGAUUGUUACAAAACGCUGGGCUGCGUGUUCGCCGCAAGUGGACAAACGAGAUUGCUGCCAUUCUUCGAUAUUCUGCUAUCAUUUCUUCGCUGCGCAAUGACGCACAUUCAAUCGUAUAUCCAGGAAGAUUCACUGUUGCUGCUCGACGUGCUGCUGCAAUACCUGCCCGAGCUGAUCCUGGACAAUCGAGACAAAAUAUUGCCUCAAUUUUUGGACAUGAUCUCCAAGCUGAAGAAUGAUUCAAAACCGGGUCGUACACUGACCAUCAAUCUGGACAAACAUUCUACCAGUACCCAGUGGAGAAUGAAAGUGUUGAUGCGUUUGACCGGUAUGCUGAAGGUUCUUAUCGAUAGCAAACUGCGCAAGCAAUCCGUACAAAACACCCCAGAAGAAGCUAAGGGUAACAAAGUGGACGAAGAAAACCCCUUUGCCUCAAAGGUCCCUGAGUACACACCGUACAAACACAAGCCGUUGAAUUAUGUUUUUGUUGAGAAGGCGCCAAUGUUUGUACCCAUCAACAAAAGCCAUCUUUUCGCCACAUGCCCAAUGGAUAUUCUGUUCCGCAAAGCAACCGAUCCAGACAAGAGUCUCUCGGUUGAGGAUCGCGUUGACGAUGGAAGAAAGUUAAAGAUGUACAUUGAAAUGCUGAUGCCGAUCCUGUUCGAAUCGUGGUUAGAAGUGCGUCCGUCGGGCUCCGGAAAAGACUACAUUGAGGAGCACGCAUUGUCACGAGAGGCAGCCUCCACGCUGGAUCUACUGCUCAACAUUUUCAUGCAGCUUUGGGAGCUCACGGGACAGUACUGCGCAGAGACGAACAAUGAUGAUAUGAAGCGAUGGUUCCGCAAGGCUUAUAGCGCCAAAUUUUGCAACCACAUCCUAGUCGGAUUUCCCUACUAUCAGACUAGUGUAGGAAAAACUCAAUCUAGAGGAUCGAAUGCAAACUUAUCCUCGGAACGCUCCGUGGACGACAAUUGUUACAGACACAAUUUCAACAUUUGCUUCUUCUACUGCUGCAUGCACGAGCAAUUUCGGGGCGAAAAGAAACAAGUUGAUAACUACACCAAGGUGGUUGAGUACGUGAAGUCUUGCGUGCUGAACUGGAAGUUUCGAGGUGCAGAGGUAACCAACUUACUGCUGCAAGUACUGCGCUACAUGCUGCUGGAAACCGACUGCCUAUCGGUUAACCAGGAGACACGGACACUUUUGAAAACCCUGCUGGAAGCGUAUAUAACCGUCAAGCUUCCCCAGGAGAUUCGAAACCGCAUCCUGAUUCUGUUUUGUGACAUUAUCGUACGGAAUGACACACUCUGGCGGAAAUACGGUCAAGAUUUGUUCACGCUUUGGCUAAAAAUGUUGCCCAACUUACUGUGCAAACCAUCGAUAGACCGUGAGGUUCUGAACGCAUUGUUGUGCUUGGCUCAGCGAAAUAAUAGCCUGUUUUUGGAUGUUCUCGAGACCAACGCAGGGGAAAUAGUUGCCAAUUUGAACACCAUUCAGGUGACGAAUGAACUCUACACCGGUGAAGGUUUCGUAUUGAUAUGCGAUUUGCUAUUUUAUAUCAGAAGCCGUGAUUUGAUCGUGCAAUUGCUCUUGCAUAAUGUCAGCAAGUUGAAUGCAACGCCCCUUGUGAAACGACUCAGGAGUACAUUGCAGUUAAGAAUGAGUUUAUUGUAAUUAUGUUUCUACAAUAUAUAUAGCAAUAAAAUAUGAUCCCCAUGCGAUCGUCAAUGAACGA